UUUUCUAUCGACAUCAACACAUCACAUUUGUAUUUUAUAGACGCAGUGACGCCGCCAGUAGCGCGUCGCGGAUCGAGCUUACUUCACGUAUAUUAUCGGUCUGAUUCGUAACUCCGCGACAUCGCCUACACGCCCCGUCUCGUUUGAAAGAUUCUCUCGAUCAAUAACAAAACCAAUUGUAACCAUGAUUAUAAUUUGAUGCGUCCAUAUAACUACUAUCCAAUACCUAUACGUGUUCAUCCGACUUAAUGCAUUCCACAUUUUUAUGUAACCGAGUGUAAUCUACGUCCAUACAGAAUCGCGUGGCGCACCGGCGUCAACAAUGUAGCCAUAGUGACGUGCCGUGUUGACAGUUUGACACUUUAUAAUGAGGCGACGAUGCAAUUAUUAUUUAUGAACUUUACAAUACAUUGUUGUGUUAUUAUUUUUUAUACAUUUUAGAAUCGACAAUAAUUGAAUACAGUUGAAUAAGUUUUGUAAAAUAAUUAGUGAAAAUGGGGAAUGGAAUGAAUAAGGUUCUUCAUGGGCUGUACGUGGGUAACUAUAGGGAUUCAAAGGACCCCGUGCAGCUCGAAAAGUACAAAAUAACACAUAUACUGUCCAUACACGACUCCGCUAGACGAAUACACGCCGAUAAACACUAUCUUUGCAUAAUGGCUUCUGAUUCUCCUGACCAGAAUUUGACACAAUACUUCAGUUUGUGCAAUGAUUUUAUACAUGCAGCAAGACUCAGAGACGGCAACGUACUUAUACAUUGUUUAGCGGGUAUGUCCCGAAGUGUAACGGUGGCUGUCGCAUACAUAAUGUCGGUGACAUCGCUCACUUGGAGAGAAGCCCUAAAAGUUGUGAGAGCUGGCCGCGCGGUCGCUAACCCAAACUUUGGCUUCCAAAGGCAGCUACAGGACUUUGAGACUUACAAGCUAGUCGAGGAAAGAAGACGACUCAAGGAGCGGUAUCCGUCCCUAGCGUUAACUGACCGCGAUCUCUCCGAGUGUCGGAUAAUGUUGGACUCGUAUCAAACGAUGUUAAGCGAGAAGACCAUCUGCGAAGGGAAAUGUGCUAUGGGCCGACAAUGUCCUACAGGUGUUUGUAGAACGGGAUCGAAAAGACAACCCAGGUCUCGGAAGCCUUCUAUCCCUACAGCCAUAACAACAACGGAAACUGUUAGCGGAGGCGGUGGUUUAAGAAGAUCGCCUUCAACCCUUUCCACCACUUCCACAGCAUCAGGGUAUCGCCCUAGAUCCUCGCCGGCGGGUCUCUACAGUUACACUGGUGCCCCUUCGCGACCGUCACGGUCAGCGUCAGGGCUAAGCGUGACUCGUAUCACGGACCCCGUGGGUGGUGGUACCGCGGUGGCGGUGGGUGGUACGGAAUACUCGCGGCGGCGCGCUGCAUCCGCGCCCGCCACGCCAGCGCUGUCACCCGCCUCGUCACCGCCAGGAUCGCCGCAUAGAGCUACCCAAAGGAGUAGCGGCUGUUGUUGGAAUAUACCCAAUGUUAACUGGGAUCCUGAAUCUAUGUAGUUACUGCACUUUGGAGCAAUUGAUAAAACACGUCGCAUACACUUCACCAAGGUCCCGUGCAGUCCAAAGAUGUUCGUAGCAGGCACCACCUCGUCCGUCAUCCCGCAUCCGCCCAGUUUCAUCCGCACAUGGACGAUGAAGGCUUCCAUCCAAAUAUAAUUGAACUAAUUGGACAGAGGAAACAAUCUCGAAUCGAAUCUCAAAAAUGUCUAAUUUUCAUAGCUUAUUGGGGUGUAAAAUUAUACAAAAUAAACCUAAAUGCUAUAAGAAGCCUGCUGCCUAAAUGUAUUAGAACAUCAAAUUGCUAUCCUCACUACUGAGGUUGCGGACAAAUAGGUACAUAGAAGGUAACCCCUGAGAAUUCGAUUGCCAUAUUUCUUAAAGAUAAGUUAAGGCAUUGUCAAGUCUUCGACGCCGCCAUAUUGGAUUACUAUUA